UCCGCUGCAGCAACGAGAACGGGCACAUCAAAAAAGAAAGAAAAAUGUGGACCGUUGAGACAAACUGAGCCAAGAGACGGGACGAUGAGCUACAUACAUCGUUUUCGUUUAAACUGGUUACCAGAUAGGCGUUGUUAAAUAAAGUUCCCUGACAAAUUUUUGACAGUUUAAGGGUCGUUUCGAGGUUAACUCGCCCCCCUUGUUCUGUGGUGGUUAAGUUUGAGGAAGCAGCACGGCUAGCCAGCUGCUGAGUUAGCUAGCUCGCUAGAGAUGGGGACGAGAGCAAGUCGCCUACAGGAAGACCCGGUUCCCUCUGCUUUCGGAAAAGAUGGCACAAAGCGGGAUUCAUAUCGGCGACCUCGCUGCGCCAGGCCCACCAGUCUCAUGGUCGACUUCUCGGGAAGCUUCGAGGACACGGAGGCCAACCGGAGCCGCUCGGAGGAAGGCAGCGAUUCGGACCUGGGGCAGCAUGGGGCGAGCGCCGAUGGUAGCCCCGCUGACCACCACAGCAUCCCCUCUAGCAUUAGCCAGGCGUCACCUGCGGACGACAACAACAGCGAGGGGAAGCCCGAUGAAGACGGGAGUAUAAGCCCAGAGCCUCCCGUCGUAGCGGAACAUCAGUCCGGAGAGGAGACAGGCCGCACGCCCCACCGCACUUUUUCUGAGCGGCUGCCCGGGAAUCGGCACUCUUCCGCCCGCAGCGUGGGCGCAAGAUCCGCCCGGGUCCGAGGCACACACCAGCGGCCGGUGUCAGAGGCGUGGAUCGGCCUUUAUCGUGUUAACAACCGUCAUGGCAAUAUCCGCUGUCCUUUCUGCUCAAAGCCCUUCCCGGGGGGUCGAAUCGAGGAUCACCUGUUGAGCUGCCUCACGUCUCCUCCCCUACCAUACAAUACGGAUGUGCUCAGUAAAGACAGCGGAGAGUGCUCCAUCUGUUUGGAGGAUCUGGUACAGGGAGAGACCAUCGCCAGACUGGCUUGCCUCUGUGUCUACCAUAAGAGCUGCAUUGAUUCCUGGUCCAAGGUGAAACCCUGCUGUCCUGAACAUCCCUUUGAUUGACUCGCGGUUCACAUGUAUUCUGCGCAGUGACCAAUCUGACUCAGGAGACUACACUGAAUCACAAUAAAAUCCCAAUUAAAAUGUGUAACUGAACAAAAGCCCAAUGUCCCUGUACCUAUAUUUGAGUGGAGAACAGACGAUCCUAGGAGGAAGCUCCAGUUAGCGACACCCGACGCUCUCCGUUUGGAUCGGUCCAUUUGAACUUGGUCUAGGCCAUUUCAAGCCAAACUCCAACAGUAAAAACAGCCGCGCAGUCUCUGUCUAAUCUCUGGUGGAGUCCCUUGUUGGAACACAAGUGGAUGAGGUUCCCUGUCUGUGUUACGGACUGGGCUUGAAUCUGCGGAACAUAUUAAAAAAAAAAAAGGUCAAAUAAACAUUAUCAUCCCAGAA